AUGGCAUUCUUUGCCACGAUGUCCUCCUCACAGUGGUUUGCGCUCAGGUGCAUAGAGCUGCUGACUGUGCAAUUGUGCUACUACUAUCUACUGGCUAUGAGUGUGGCCGCAGACGGUGGAUGGAGUGCGAAGGAGCAGGAAAAGAGUGCUGGUCAAUGCCUCACUCCUCAAGCAAUAGACACUGAGCGUGAAAAGUUAUUGGAGGUUGUGACCGAUGAAGUGUAG